AUGCCGAUUUGCAGGACUUUGUUCAUUGUUUCGCUUUGGGCGAUACAAGUAUUGGGUCUUAAACAGCUUCCAAAAAGGACAGCGGCUUCCAUCUCAUAUAAUGAAACAUCGACGAGUUCGGAGCCGGCAACCAUAACAUCUUCCGUUGUUAGUUUGGAAUGCUGCUAUCUUUCAUCUUUCGAAGUUGGUCAGGUUCUGUGGUAUUCCAAAAGUAUCGAUAUCAUUGUAGCGACAGUCUCUACUGUCGUGUACAAGUAUGACAACACCGCUAUUACAGAAACCCUGACUAUAUCUACAAACUCUACAGCGCCAAUAAGAUCCAUAACACGAUCGUCCAUCAAUGGCCUUCCUACAACAAUUAUUGGGACUGGCCUAGGAAUUUACCAAGCCGAGACAACAUUCAUUCAUGGAACCGCUUUCACUGACCCGUACGGAACAGUGUAUGAGUCGCCGACACCUGUUUGGGUCUACACAGAUGUAAUAUAUGCAACCGCGCUACCAAAGUUAAAGCAGAGCGCAUAUGCAUGCCCUAAUCCGAGUGAUAUCAAGAGCUCAUCCGGCAAGGAAAUAUCUCCUUACCCAUCAGGAUUUUUUCUUGCCGACAAUAACCCUCAAUAUAGCUGGAACUCACCAGGGGCUAUUUCGACAACAUUACCUACACAAUUGCGUAAUUGGAUGGUUAGUUAUGCUGCAGCAGACACAGAAAAUACCCUGACAAAUCUCGGUAAUUGUGGACUAGGUGCUGGACGAGGUGUACCUACCGCCUAUGUUCCCUACAAUGAAGUCACAGCUACUAUUACCACUACUUCCACUAUGUAUGGGGAUUUUGGUAUUGGCUUCGUUGCAAGCCUGACUAAUCAAUUAACUGAAAUCGCAUCAUCUACAUCAACAGCUACCACUCCAAUCAAAACUAUUACUCGCUCAACCGCCAGAACCUCUAUCAUUACAAUUACAAGAAUAGCCGAUACUUCAAGAACAUCUCAAACUUCAAGUAUACAAACAAUAGUUGCAACAGUAAAAGCAGCCCUCAUAAACACAAUCACGUCAGCAGCAUCUACGACAAUUUCUUCUGUUUCCCAAAGCUCGAGUACUACUGACCAUGUAAUUGUGGGUUCCGAAUUGAUUACGCAAAAUGAAUCGGUGAUUGCGACAGGAACGGGCAGUGGUGUGAGUACAGCUAUGGUAAAAGGGGGAAGUUUACCGAAAAUUGUGGUGGUUAUGGAUUGGGCUAGUACGAGCACCUCAGGAGUGGAGGGGAGUACGCAGACGGCAACUGGCACAGCACAAGCGUUGACGGAUAGUACGGUGCCGGGCGUGGUCCAGAAUUCGAGUAAUUCCGGAGGAACUGUAGUGAGAAAAGCUGAUGUUGGGAUUUUGUGGGUUGGCAGUGUGGUUUUGGCAGGAUUGGUCGGGGUCUUGGGUGGGUAG